GGUUCGCACAACACGUCGAUGUUACAUUACGAAGUGGACACUGGCUGUGGGCAGACGUGACUGAUUAUUUUAGACAAAACAAUCAUUCGGAAUAAGAUGAGGUUAGUGUGCCUGAUACUAUGCAUCGGGCUGGCGGCUGCGUACAGAGAUCACACUCAGAAUAAAGCGCUGAAUACCCUAUACAGAUGGAAACAAAUCGAUUUUGCAUAUCCCAGUGAAAUAGACAAACAACGCGCGAUUGCCAAUGGGCGGUUUAACCAGACCAACGUAAUACCGCUCGGUAUAGAAAGAUGGCGAAACCGCAUCUUUAUCAGUACUCCUGCUUGGAAAAGGGGGGUACCAGUGACGUUGUCGACGUUACCCACAUCAGCGGGGGACGCGUCCCCGCCACUCACGCCUUACCCGAGCUGGGAAUGGCACAAUGCGGGUAACUGUACUGGAUUUACGUCAGUGUUCCGUAUGAGCGUAGACCACUGCGGCGUGAUGUGGGUGCUGGACUCAGGACAGGUGGAGGCCUUCGAAACGCCGCGUCAGCUCUGCCCUCCGACAUUAUUCGCCAUCGAUUUAGACACAGACACUGUCAUCGGCAAAUAUCCCAUUCCACAAAAAUUCGUACUUCAAAACUCUCUCAUCACCAACCUCGUGGUAGAUUCAAGAGACGCUCAAUGUAGGGACCUGCAUGUUUACAUCGCCGAUGCCUGGCGAUUUGGUCUCAUUGUGUUUAGAAAUGCCGACGCAGCGUUUUGGAGAUUUAGUCACUAUACAUUUUACCCUGAACCUUUGCUAUCAAAUUACACUUUGCACGGUUUGAAUUACCAGUGGAGCGACGGACUAUUUGGCAUGUCUUUAGGUAAGGUACAUCUCGGAGACCGACCUUUGUAUUACCACGCUAUGUCGAGCUCUCUAGAAUUUGUAGUGAGUACGUCUGUGUUGCGGGAUCCCUCUCGUGUCAACAACGCGGUGGACGAGUUCAAACUUCUCGGUGAAAGCCGAGGUCCAGGCGGUCAGGUCUCUGCUGCAGCAAUCGAUCGAAAUGGAGUUAUGUUCUUCAACCUGAUAUCACAAGACAGUAUCGGAUGUUGGAAUACGUACACUGAAUUUGGAAGCAGAAAUUGGGAUAUAGUAGCUACUAACUUUGACACAUUAGUGUUCCCCAACGAUUUACGGAUUGACCAUGAAGUACCUCAAUUCGCAUGGAUAAUAUCAAACCGGCUGCCAAUGUAUCAAUUUAAUUUGAUAGAUCCGAAUGAAUACAAUUACCGUGUGCUCUAUUUAGAUCCUGUGGAAGCUGUUGAAAAUACUGUUUGUCAGCCUCGAUUAUAUAGCUAUUAAAACAUGUAACAUAAUAUAACCUUUUCAUAAAACCAUUUUGCUUUGGAAA